AUGGCCGCACCGAGACUGCCCUUCCUCUGGCCCAUGCUAUGGAAGCCGCAGCACGCGCCCCGGAUCCGCGCGCCCGCACGCACGCCCCGCGCAAAGCGCCCGCUCUCCACUACGCCAUACCGCUGCGUCGAAGCUCCCAUCCAGCGCUACGGCACCGCGCACGAGCCCGCGCCGCAUCUGCGCGAACAGCUCGACACCGGUAGCGAGCUCACGCCCCCCAAGAUCCCGCAUGAUCCCUCGAAAGACGUCGAGCAUGAGGACGAGGAGGAAGAGCCAGAACUCCCCUCCACCACGCCCCCGGCCACCCCCUCCAAGACAGCCGCCGCAGACGACACGCCCCCGCCGUACACCCCGCCCGCGCCCCCCAAGACCGCCGACGCAAAACCCCUCGACAGCGUCCUCCACAUGCCCGGCCCCAGCUCCGACGCCCACCGCCCCCCGCACCUCAAAACGCCGCCGUACGUGCACCACUUCGACACCUACGGACUCGUGCAGCAGCUCUCGAAAUCGCACUACACAGCAGCGCAGUCCAUAACGCUGAUGAAAGCCGUGCGCGGCAUCCUGAUCGACAACAUGCUGCUCGCGCGCGAGGGCUUGGUCUCGAAAUCCAACGUCGAGAACGAAACGUACUUGUUCCGCGCCGCGUGCGCAGAGCUGCGCACCGAGAUCGGGAGUGCGCGCAGGAGCGAGGUCGAGCGCCUGCGCACGGAGCGCGGGCAGCUGCAACACGAGGUCGAUAUCCUGGCGCAGCGGCUCGGGCAGGAGACGGGCAGCGUCAAGGAUGAACUCAAGGGGCUGUUUGAUGAUCGCAAGAUGGGGGUUAGGGGCGAGCAGCGGAGUAUGGACACCAAGAUCCAAGAGCUCAACUACCAGAUCACGAUCGCGCUGAACUCGGACGCGCGCUCCGAGGUCGAGGGCCUCAGGUGGGUGCUCACGCGCCGCAUUGCGAUGGGCAUUGCGGCCAUUGCGACCAUGGUCGUGCUGCUGCUGCAGGUCAAUUCGAGCCGCAAGCACGAGCUCAAGGACGCGGCGAAGAAGAAGGACGACGCGGGUCGGCCGCCGCCGCCCGACGAGCCGCAGCGGCUGGGCUUGAGUGCUGUCUCGACGGUCGCGGUGGGGCAGCAGGACGCGCUGGGCGGCGAGCUGCUGGCGACCGAGGGCGUGAGUCUGGGGUAG